CUGUGGUGCUGCCUGUCAACAACAUGGCCUUCCUCUACGCUGUGGCUGCUCGAUUAUUUUGAUUAUCGCAACCCUCCAUAGUAGAGGCCCUGUACGUUACUGUACAAGACUAGGGGAACGGUCCUGCUGCCGUUCCAUACGUGCGGUUCCAAAAACGCGGACGAAGACCUACGGUACCGGGGAUGGCAGCGGGCUCCUUUGAAUUGAAUUAACGAAGAUACAAGUGGGGGGGGGACAUCAAAUAAGUCCAUAUUUACACAUCUUACUUCUGCCUUGUGAAGGACCCCCCCCCCGUUCCAACACACACGCACACAGACCUACCUCACCUCGAUCUUAUUUGCUUUGCAGUUUGUUGUGGUGAGAGAGAGCAGGCCGAAGCAGGGGGUUGGAUUUAUCGCUUCACCGGGAGAAAGACUCUCCGUCGCGGUUGGAAGAUCUGCCCGGGCAGCGGGCUAAUCCGGGAAUACAUAUUGCCGAGGUCGCACUGAAUGUCAGCUCCGCCGGGAUCGAUCUCCGACGCCCUAGCCCAGGCUGCAGCGACGAUGAGCUCCGAGGAUCGGCAUGGCAGCUCCGUGGCUUGAAGGAGGGAGGCUCCCUGAGCAGCUGCAUGACGACAUGCUCCCCAGUAGCCCAUGAUGGACCCCGAUACCUUCUCCCACAUCCGCCUCUGGUGCCCCCGACCGUUCGGCACCUACUCCCAGAACAAGCCAUGCGGCGGGGCGGGGGGAGGGGGCGCCGGCGGGGGGGCCCUGCGGAAGGCGGCCGGAGAGCUGGUCGGCCGGACACCGACGGAGGUCGAUGAGGGGGAGUCGGCUUCCGAGAACACCCCCCCGCCGCCCCCGGCCCCCAAGGCCCCUCCCCCGCCACCCCCCAGCGGGGCCCAGGUGGAGGAGGGCCGGGUGCUGCUGGACACCUGGUAUGUCAUCAAGCCGGGGAACACCAAGGAGAAGAUCGCCUUCUUCGUCGCCCACCAGUGCAGCGGCGUGGGCCUGGCGCGGCCCAGUGCCAUGAAGGUGAAAGGGAACUGGGGCACAGACUGCUCCAAGGCCAAGAGGCGGCGGCGCUGCUCCUCCUACGACCCCCCGGGCAAAGUGAGGGGCGGGUCCUCGGAGCUGACGGCGAAGGAGCCCUCGUCGGAGCAGGAGGCCCCCGAGCUGAACGAGAUGGAUCUCCUGUCUGUGGCGGAGAUGGUGGCUCUGGUAGAGCAGAGGACAGCUAUGGCUCUGCAGGGCAUGGUGACGCAAGGACCUCUCCAGUCCCAUCCCAUGCCCACCUCCCCGAGCCCCAUGAGGGGCUCCCCCUCGAGCUCCGGCUCCAUUGUGUUCCUGUCCGAAUCCCCCGAGGCCCGCCCCCAAUCCUCGACCUCCGGCUCCCCUGCCCCCGAGAAGCAGCAGCCCACCCCAGACUCGCGGCGGGUGGCCCGGGCCAUCGCCCACUUCGAGUCGCAGCAGCAGCAGCUGGAGAGCGCCCUCCUGAGGCGUGCUGGGGCAGAGCGGGAGAGCGGGGAGGAGGACCAGCAGGGAGAGGCCGGGGGGAGCAGCGGGAACAGGGGCAGAGGAGGAGGAGGAGGGGAGGUGAGAAUUGCCUUCCGGGUCUCCAGCAUGGACCCGCGUUCCCAGUCCGAACCGGCUGGCCGGCCAAACUGCAUGUUCCUGAGCUGCGGGGGGGGGGGGGGUAGCGGCAGCCCGGCGGGGGCGCGCGCCAAGGAGAAGAUCACCUGUGACCUCUACCAGCUGGUCAGCCCCUCGUCCCGCGACCCCCUGCCCACGAGCAACAUGGGGCUUCUCCUGGCCGCCUCCCCCAAGGCGGACUCCCGGGGGGAAGGACAAGCGGAGCGCCCCAUCCCGCCCACCGGCUCGGACUCGGCCCCGGACGGCGGGAACGCGGACAAGAAGGCGAGGGAGUGCGUGACGGGGUUCCACGUGGAGGUGGUGGUGACGGGCGCGGUAGACCAGUGCGUCUUCUACGGCAAGGACAGCACUGAAAACGUGCAGGAGGAGACGGUCUGCUUCACAGUCGGUUCCCAGGCGCCAGACCCUGGCGAAGACCCUCCUCCCGGCCAGCUCUUCUUCCUGCAGCCCCCCAGGCCCGAGGAAGAAGGGGUAGCCCAUGGCUCCCUGGACUGCGCCAACAACAACGGCCCUGCUGGGAGCCUGGACCGGCCAGACUCCCCCACGGCGGCGUCCGAGCCGGACUCCGCGGACACCUCCCUGUGCCGCCUGUACCGCCACGUCUCCCACGACUUCCUGGAGAUCCGCUUCAAGAUCCAGCGCUUGCUGGAGCCCCGGCAGUACAUGCUGCUCCUGCCCGACCACAUCAUGGUCAACAUUUUCAGCUACCUGCCCACCCGCUCCCUGGCCGCCCUCAAGUGCACCUGCCACGACUUCAAGGCACUGAUCGAAACCUACGGCAUCCACGCCACCGACUCGCGCUGGAACCAGGACCCGCUGUACCGCGACGACCCCUGCAAGCAGUGCAAGAGGCACUACGAGAGGGGGGACGUCUCGCUCUGCCGCUGGCACCCCAAACCUUACCACCACGACCUGCCUUACGGACGCUCGUACUGGAUGUGCUGCCGGCGCACCGACAAGGACACGCCGGGCUGCCGGGUGGGGCUGCACGACAACAACUGGGUGCAGCCCUGCGAGCUGGUGCACGCCCGCUCCAGGCGGGAGGACGGGAGGUGAAACGCGCUCCCGACCCGGGGACAGAGACACACGGGGGCUGCGGUGUGGACGCUUGCUGUUGAAAAGAAAUCGGAAAAGAAACGAUUCCGUGCCGCUUUGCGGAGCUGUGCAAGUUGGGUUUGUGUGCUGCGUGUGUGCAUGUCUUUUUGUUUUGUUUUUUUAAGCUGUUGGAACAUUUUCCAGUGCACAAUCUCACCUCCACCCCCCCGUUUUGGAAUUUUUCUAACUUUAUUUUGGCCCUUCUUUCUCCGUGCUGGCCGGCUAAACGUCAUAGACUUCUGCCAAAGCUGUGACGCGCCGUGCGACAAAGAAACCUUAGACCACAAAAGACAGGAACACCAGCUUCAAGCCUUAACCCCCCCUGUGUAGAGUGAAAUCCCAUUUCCUUUACGUUGAACGCCCCCAGAUUGUGCAAAUUCAAAACCCCAGUGUCAAUAAUGUGGUGUGGGAAAUAUAUGUAGGUUUCAAGCUGUACAGUGCUAAGGGGCAUUUCUCCAAUAAACUAAAGUGAUUAAACUGGU